CGUGCUCUCACGUGUUAGGGCUAGCUGUCGUCUUUUAGCGUCGUCAUAACAGGAAUUUUGCACGCCCUCCACUUCGGCGCUCGGGCGGCUGCGACUCACAACAUUCGCAGUCUGUUGUUUUUCGCGCGUGCUAUGGUGUUCCUUUGUUUUCGUUAUUGAACGUGAUGUGAGUGAUGUUAGCGAUGGAGUGGUUAGAAGACGAUGUAAUGCUAUUAAUUGAAGAGUACAGACACCACAGGUGCCUGUGGGAUCCAAAAGAUCCAGAAUUUAAAAUGCACACCAGAAAAAAUGAAGCUUGGCAAGAAAUUGCCGAAGCACUUAAAGUGCCAUCUGAGGAAGUGAAGAAGAAAAUUAACUCCCUACUUGCUUCCUUUAGGAGAGAAAGAAGGAAAGAGGCCACAACCUCGGGAAUGCCUGCAGGCAAGAAGUACCGUUCCGGCUGGUUUGCCUUCAAAUCGAUGUCAUUCCUACUCGAUAAAGUUGGAUGGACAAAAGGCAGGUGCUCAGAGGAGAACACAGUUGAAGAGCUUGAUAUAGAUGUGACAAGUUUGGAUGGGUCUGAAGAUGAGGGAACAAGUAAUGAAAUUGUCUUACAAACAGAAUAUCCUCCAUCAGAUGAAGUACAAGUAGGGGAUGUAGAAGAACCUCCAAGAAAGAAGAAUAAGUGUAGAAAAGGAGAUGCAUAUGAUGAAGCUGCUGCUGAUCUGAACAUGAUCAUAAAUAUAAUUGACACCAUCAGAAACAGAAAACAAGCUACAAACAACAAGAAAAAAAGUCACCACGUGACAUAUUUUCUGAUUAUGUGGCAUUUAAAUUGAAAACCUACAAUAACCAUGUACAGAACAUAGUGCAGUUUAAAAUUCAUGAAGUGUUCUUCCAGGCAGAUAUGGGCAAUUUUGACAGCCCCUCUACCACAACAAACCAGCAAACUGAAAUUAUUCAGCCCUCUCCAUCUUCUUCCGCCAUAACUAUCGACACAAACGCUACAAAACAUUCCGAUACUGUGGUACAAACACUUUUGCUAUAGAAUGAGAUUUUCACUCUGCAGCGGAGUGUGCGCUGAUAUGAAACUUCCUGGCAGAUUAAAACUGUGUGCUCGACCGAGACCCAAACUCGGGACCUGUACUGGCCGUGAGUCAUGCUUCGGUAGCUCAGAUGGUAGAGCACUUGCCCGCGAAAGGCAAAGGUCCCGAGUUUGAGUCUCGGUCGCGCACACAGUUUUAAUCUGCCAGGAAGUUUCACUUUUGCUAUAGUUUUUAUUUCCAACUAUAGAUAUUUUCAUAUACUUAAUAUUUAAUUUAUUUAAGAUAAGGCAGAAAAAUAAAUGUCUGAGAGUAAACAGGUAUAUAGAUUAAUAUGAAAUUAAAAUAUGUUAAAGAUCUGAUCAUUAUCAUGAAAUAUGUUUCAAGUGUUUGUAAUUAUGUCACAUUUUUGCUAUCAUUUUAUGAGACUUCAUUAUACUAAUGAAAUGAAUAAAAAUCAUUCCCUCCUUUGUGCUACCACCCAUCUAACAAACUGUUAAGCACAUGAUAUCAAAUACCCUAUAAGACGAUGUGCCUGCACAACUCAGUGCAUCUGGCUGUUUUGCGGAAGACCUGGGAUUGACCACCAGAACUGCCAGGGAUAUUUCCUUGGCAGGAGGACAGGAGCAACAUGCACUAAGCUUUGUGAUGCCAGUGGAGGAGUUACUCGAUUGAUAAGUAAUGGUUCCAAAGUCAAGAAAUCCAGCAGCAGCUGGGAGAGCAGUGUGCUGACCCCAUGACCAUCCAUACUACACCCAAAUGACACCAUUGGCAGAGAAUGACAUGGCAGUUAGUAGCCCCUAAUUGGGUUGUCUGAGCCAGAACCUGGAUCUUUGAUUUAGUAUAGCAGAGCUCUUAUAUAUUUUUACAUUGCAUUGGUAAUUUUUAUUGAUAUUAUUUCUUAUAUUUACC